GUUCACCCCUCGUUCGGACGCUGGAUCCCACUAUGCGCGUUGAUUUAACCCACCGAGGAUGCGUGGAGCAGAGAGGUGGUUUUUGCACCCUUUUUCUCUCAUCCACAGCUGAAGCGCUGCUCGUGUGAAGCUGCACUUUAUUCACCGAGUGGACUGAGAGAGAGAGAGAGAAAGAGAGAGAGAGGAGAGAGAGAGAGAGAGAGAGAGAGAGGAGAGAGAGAGAGAGAGAGAGAGAGAGAGAGAGAGAGAGAGAGGAGAGAGAGAGAGAGAGAGAGAGACUGGAUGGACUCCUCUUUUCCUGUGGCACUCCACAGGCGCUCAGUCAUUCAUUUCUCCAUCAUGCCAGACGCAGACUCCAGCAGCACGGCUCGGCUGAGAUUUCCCAGCGGGGGAGAGGAGUGAGACUUCGGCUGUCUCACCUGUGCGGCUAUUUGAGUGUGCACCUGAGCCGAGGAGCGUGUGCACGGUCCCGGAGCCGCGCGAGCCCUCCGGGAUGGCGUGCAGCGCGUGUUACUACCUGGUCAUCAGCUCCACGCACUUGAGCAACGGACACUUUCGGCGCGUCAAGGGUGUGUUCAGGGGCCCGCUGUGUCCGAGCGCAACCACCGACUCACCGGAGCAUGCAGAGAGAGCUUUGGGCUGCUCGGCGGAGGAUCUGAAGGCGCUCUUCUACUGUGAGCUGUGUGACAAGCAGUACCUCAGACACCAGGAGUUUGACAACCACAUCAACUCCUACGACCACGCACACAAACAGAGGUUGAAGGAGCUCAAGCACAGGGAGUUUGUUCGCAACGUGGCCUCUAAGUCAUGGAAGGACCAACGCAAACAGGAGAAGGCUGUCAGACGCCUGCACCAGUUAGCACAGCAGCAGCAGGAAACUCCGCGAAUUCCAGGAAGGCAUUUUGGGCUGAGAAGUGCAGUUCAGAGUGUGAGUCAGCAGCGGGAGAAGGCCAUCCGCCAGAAGGACCACAGCCCUGAGAACACUCCUGAAUCAUUCAGUCGCACCCAGAGGCCUCAUCCUUCACACCACAAAACAGCUCCUCUUAGCCAGCAGCCAAUGCUUCAAUGCCGAUCUCCCAUUCCUGUACCGUCGGCACCUUCUCCAGGAGACUCUCCACUGAUCACACACCCGACAUGCAACACAGAGACUCCUGCAGCAAACCACCAGUCAUGUUUGGGCUUGUAUCCACAACUGCCUCUUGACGGACAGGGAAGAGCUGGAGGCCGACUUGGGGUUUCCUUCUGUUUCUCACGCAGGGGGCCCAGGCUGGAGCCUUCUGCCUCCUUCUUCUCAGAGCUGGAGGAGGAGGAGAAAGAGAAGAGAGAACAAAUGAAAGAAAGGAUAAGGGGAAUAAUGGAAGAUAUAGACAGGGAAAUUAGUGAGGCAGAGGAGCGAAAAGACUCUCAGAGAGCAGCACAAAAAUCCAGCUCUGAUAAUGUUGGACCGAGGGACAUUGGCAUCGUCUCUAGGGAUGGUGUAAGAGAAGAAAAGGAGAUGAAGAAAAGAGAAGUCAUUAAAGAACACCAUCCCAUUUCCACAGUAGCUCCUGAUAAUCAGAAUCACAAUUCGCUUUUCUCUCCAUCACAGACUCAGGUAACACCAGGGACAUGUGUUGAGACUGAACACAAAGCCAGCGAGGCAGCGAGAAAUCAAGAAGAAGAGGAGACUCAAUACAUGUGUGUGCUGGGGAAAGAUGGUUCGGCCUCUCUGAGGUGGCCUCUCAGGUUACUGAAGUUCACCAAGUCCGAACCGCAGAUUUCUUACAGCUGCAACCCACUGUGUCUGAACCGACCAGGAACACAACUCACACAGGAACUCCAACAACCAAAACAAAAUGAGUUAUGCACCCUGUUAGAUGACUCAAACCCACGCACACCAGGAAUUCUUACAGCCAACACUCAGUCUUCUUUACCGAAACAGAUUAGACACGAGCUAAGUGCACACAGUCAGAAUAAAGCUGAGGCAGAACCGCAUAUUGAUGUGGAGACAGAAGCACACCUGUUCCGAAAGAACAAAAACCUUUCAUCAACAGAAAUAGAAGCGGAGAAUGGAAAAUAUACCACUAGUAUUGAGAAAUGGGCGAGGGCAGCGUCCCAUCCAUUUAUCGGUGCUCACAGUGACAGCUCUGACAUAAACUCCCAGAAUCCUUUGGGAGACAGAUUAGGGGGUGUAAGAGGGAUCAGGGAUAGAGCCAUCACAGCCCUGAGCUGUAAAUUAGAGUCUGUCACCCAGCCUGGCACACAGAGGAUGUGCAUCGGCCCGUCCAGGUGUGAGCGUGGGAGGCAAACAAUAUGCGAGUGUGCCAGCACUCAGCAGUCGUACGUGGGCAUCACAGAAGUGUCAUGCAAAAAGAGGAAAGCCAGCACCAAGACACACAAGGCAGGGAAGAGGAAGAGGAGCGAGAAGGAGAACGCUUCAAACAAGCGGCAAGUACCGAAGUGCAAAGUGAGGAGUGUGGUCGCUACAGUCUGUGCCUCCUCUGGCAGAGAGCAGCGAGGAGAUGCUGGAGGGAGGUGGGGGAAGAGAAGGAGAGAAAGGGGGACGAGGAGGAGGGUGCGGAGAGCAGGGAGCAACUGUCUCCUGGGGAGAUGUGAGGCUGAGCCAGUGUCUGUCUCUGUCAGAAAGAGGCCGCACAGGAGCCACAGCACGGAAUCCCAGUCGCGGACAGACAAGGACCAAGAAGAGCGCCACGGUGGAUCUUCCCGACCCGGCAGGCACACCGAGGGGGAGGAUGCCAGAGAAGGAGAUCCUAUGAUUUUUCCCUGGCGGUCUCACUUCUCCUUACGCUCCUCGCCGGGAUGUAAGGAGAAGCUGUUUUGGGAAAGAGGUCACCAUAGCAACCGCAAGAGUUUCAUUGACUGCUGUUACCCUGACAACAGCUGUAGUAACAACCCGAUGAGAAAGCGAAAACUCCUCCACGGGGACAAGAUAUUCAUUCAUGGCAAGAGGAAGAGCUGGAGGCGUUGUCAAAUCUGGGGGGAGACGGAGAGGGGCUGGAAAACAGGAGGUCGCACAAGUUGCAGGGACAGAGGUCUGAUUUCAGACACGGAACAGUGGGAGUGGAUGAUAGGGGACUUUUCUCGGGUUAAUGAGGAGGGCAGGUCAAGAAGUGGAUGGAGAUUGAGAAACAGAGUGGCGUGGGAUCAACCCGUCCGGUUCAGCCCUGGAUCUAACAGCUGGGGCAGGAGAAGCAGACAUCUUAGCACGGAGGAUGUGGACUGGGACAGGUGCAGCUUGGAUAGAUGGACAUGGGGCAGCAGCGACAGUUGGGAAGACAGGGGGGCACACAGAUCUGCAUCAGGAUCCCAGACAAGAAUUGACAACAGAGACAGCCCGGGGUGUGUGUUGAGGUCCAUAGACAGCAGACGCUCAAGCUCUAGACACUUUUCAAGCCCCGAGUGGUCAACGGGCAGGCAGACAAGCAGUCCAUACAGUGGGGGCACCACACGGACCAGCAGAUGCCAAAGCUCACGCUCUUGCAGCCCUUGCAGCAGCACCAGCAUAUCUGAGCUGAGUUGGGAGUGGAGCAGGAGCAGCACCUGCUCAGGACUCAUGGUGGAUGAGACAACGGGGAGCUCCUGUCAACCUUCUCAGCACUGUACUGUAAUCUCCCCCGUGGCCACUCAGGCGGUAAAGCAUAGCCCCACGUCCACUUUGUCCUGCCUUACCAAUAUGUGUGUCUCAAAGUCCUCAUCCCCAAGUUCUCUGAUUCCUCUCACAGCACUAGGCCUUCACUCGCACUGUCCUGACAGAGUAGAUCCCACACAGCUAAAGGAGCCCAGCUCUUCUUCUAGCAUUCAUGAAGGAACUUCUGUCCCUGACACCAAAAACACCUCAGACACAUCCACUCUAGAACUGUCCACAAUUAAGAAGCCAGCCAGGACUUUACUUCUGCCUCUCAUAGGGAAAAGACCUGCAAUCCAGAGAAAAGUUAGGAAAAGUAGAGGAUUGCUGGAGAAAAGUCAGGAAAAGGAAGGGGAGGGGGAGGAAGUGACCAGAGCAGAUGCUCUCAGGCAAAAAUGUGAUCAGGACAUGGUUGUGUCACAUCCAAGCAGUGUGUCAAAUCUCAGAACUGAUGAUAAGCAGGCCUGCAGACAAAUAGCUCCACCCAUCAGCUUCAGCGCAGAGGAGAUAGACAAAUAUCGCCUACUGCAAGAGCAGGCAAGAGAGCACAUGCAGAAAGUCCUCGAACAGACGCAAGAACAUUCAGAUCUGCACAAGGAAGCUAACUGUGAAUUAUACACACAGACGUCACAGACAGAGAACUGUGGAACCUCAGAGGAACAGUUCCCACCUGCUCCUGCAGCCUCUCGCAACCCUCAGCUCGCCCUUCGAACAAGUCUCCCACUCCCACACGUCACCCCACAAGACGGCUUUAACCCACCCAUCGCCCUGAGAGUCCCCAACCUCCCCCCUCUCGCACCGUCGCCCCCAUUCUCCACCCUCCCUCAUGUCAUUUUGCCAAACGCAGCCCUCUCCAUAUCCUCCUCCUCCUCAUCCUCUUCCUCAUCAUCCCCCUCUCCAGCCGUGCACCCACAUCCGGCCCAGCUCCGUCAUCACUUACCCCCACUCCACCCUUCAGUCCUUCACUACCUUCACCUCAUGCCCUUCUCCAUCUCUUCCCUUUUCCCCUCCAUCCUUCUAUCCCACCAUCCCGUCCCUUUCCUACAUCCAUCUCCUGCUUUUCACCACAGCCCCCUCUCUCCUCUCUCCUCCCUCUCCCCCAUCGCUCUGCAACCUUUAAUCCUGCAGCCUUUCAUGGAUGCAGCGUGGCCAGUGAGGUUUCAACAGAAAGCUUUAUGAUCUUCACAAGUUUUUGUCUUUCAUUGUAACAUCAGACAGUGAGAAUUAGGUUUAGUUUUCGACAAAACCUUAACUGAUUAAAAAGGAGGGAACAUGUCAGUACUUUUGCUAACAUCACAGACUAUAUCUGUUCACCCUCACAUGCCCGCGCAGCCAGAAAAAAAGAAAGAACUCAAGUAAAAAUGUAUUUUUCUAGUUAGUUACCACUGUAUUGCAGCAGACGGUGAGAUAAUGGACUUUGAUCUUUUGCUUUUUCCCAUCAUUUCUAAUUCAGGUCCCUACUAAAGGCAAUGUGCACCUGCUUAUUGAAAGGCAAGCUGGGCUUGUGUCAGCUCCUAUCUUUCCUUCUGAACAUGACACAAAGUGGCUGCCUUUUGAAGUAUCCUUCACAACAGGGACAAAUGGGCAGAAAGGAAGUGAUAAUAUUCUCCACUUAUCUCCAUUUCAUCCCGGGUAUAUGAGCAGGAAUGUCAAUUUCCACAAAUAUAAAUGAUAGUCCAUUGACUGGGGGCCAUAGCACAGCUGCUAUACAUUGGUGUCUAACGUAGUUGUGUCUGUGUAAGACACAUGCACACACAUUUCCAUAUUUGACAAUUGUAAAGAUCUGUUUUGUCUCACUAGUGUAAAUAUUGAGUGAAUGAUCAUAUUAGAAUCAAGGCAAAACAAUAAAAUACAAAGAAUUUAACCUUU